AUUAUUUUGAACCCCAUGUCAACACAAGGCAUCGAAAGGUUCCACGCAAUGAUGAUAUAGUCGAACAUAUGGAUGAACAUCCAGGGAAUCUAUCAAUUUUCACUCAUUCUGGUAGGCCACUGGGAAAAGGAAAGGUUAGAUAUCUCACAGAACAAGAAUUUCAAGCAGCACAAAUGUACAUCUUGUUGAAUUGUAUAGAAGUAAAACCGUACAUUGACAUUUUUGUUAAUGAGUUACACAUGGCCAAUCCAAAUAUCAAUGAUAAACAAGUUGAUGAGAAACUAGAGCGUGAAUUUGAUAAGUGGUUCAAUAAAUAUGUUCACAAUCCCUCCAACAAUAUAUCAAGCCAGUUUUUAAAAGAUCUAUCAAAGGGUCCAUUAAGAAGUGUUAUGUGCUACAAUAGUUAUGUAGUUAAUGGUUAUAAAUUUCACACUAAAGGUUAUGGUUCGCAUAGGGCAACGAUGAACAGUGGGGUGGAGGAUUAUUGCCCAAAAUCUCCAUGCCCUUCUACCAUACUCCAUGAGCAAAGUGAAUUUAUUGAUAAUAAGAAAAAAAAAAUACACGCAGUAGUGAAGAAGAGACCAGAUUCUAGAGAUUCCAAAGCAAACUGCAAGACCCCAAAGCAUGAACUAAAACACCCAAAUUAA